CGAAAUAACGUUCUAGAAGUUUUAUUCGAUUUGAUGUUCCACACACGUUGCUGUUCUCUUCGUCGCAGUAGCUCAGAGACUCGAGACUUCGCAAGGUGGUAGCAAGGUCUUUUAGAUCAUCACAAAGGUUCGUCGUAGUAUCGUGAACAUCGUAUUCACCAAACGUAAUAAUAGGUAGAGAUGGCUACUCGCUCGGUGCUUAGGUAUUUACGACCAAAAACCGUGUUGCUCCAGAAUCAUCGAUGUGCCUCUCUGUCAGGUUUCGAUAUCCAGCACAAAACCCCUGCCAUCAAGAAAGUGAUGCCGAUACCAAAGGCCCAUUACGGCGGCAGGCACACUGUCACUAUGCUGCCUGGAGCUGGUAUCGGGCCAGAGUUGAUGUCUUACGUUAAAGAGGUCUUUAAAUACGCCGGUGUUCCGGUGGAUUUCGAAGAUGUUGAGUUCGAUUUAAACGCUAAUGAUAAUUUGGAUUUGGACUACGCGAUCACGUCGAUUCGUAGGAACGGAGUGGCGUUGAAGGGUAACAUAGAGACUCACAGCACCGAGGUCGGCGUAAUCUCCCGAAAUGUUGCGCUGCGAAAUGAACUGGAUCUCUAUGUGAAUGUGCUGCACUGCGUGUCUUAUCAGGGCGUGAACUCUCGUCAGAAAAACAUCGACAUCGUGAUCAUCCGGCAGAACACCGAAGGCGAGUACGCGAUGCUGGAGCACGAGAGCGCUCCAGGCGUGGUUGAGAGCAUGAAGGUGAUAACGAACUCCAACUCGGAACGCGUGGCACGCUUCGCGUUCGAGUACGCCAAGAGGCACGGCAGAAAGAAGGUGACGACGGUACACAAGGCGAAUAUUAUGAAGCUGUCGGACGGUCUGUUCCUGGAAAUCUCGCGGCGCGUCGCCAAGGACUAUCCGGAGAUCGUGCAUAACGAUAUGAUUAUCGACAACACGUGCAUGCAGCUGGUAUCGAAUCCGCAUCAGUUUGACGUCGUGCUCACGACUAAUCUGUACGGCGCCAUCAUAUCGAAUGUGGUGUGCGGUCUAUUGGGCGGCGCCGGAUUGUUGUCCGGGAAGAACUACGGCGACCACUACACAGUCUUCGAGCCUGGCACCCGCAACACCGGCACGGCGAUCGCCGGCAAGAACAUCGCCAACCCGAUCGCGAUGCUGAAUGCUGCGGUCGACAUGCUGCGUCAUCUCGGCAACAAGAAUCAUGCUAGUAUUAUUCAAAACGCGAUCAAUAAGACCAUUAACCAAGGCGUGCACACGCGCGAUCUCGGCGGCACCGCGACCAGCCGCGAGGUCGUCGAUGCUAUCUUGAAGCACAUCAAGAUCGCGACCAUUUAAGAGAAGACUGACAAUUUCCCUCUUCUAGCCAAAGCCGCUUGUAGCAGCCGUUCUUGUGAGCCAUCUGGUAAUGAAUGAUCUGCACAAGCUCGUGGUACAGACGUAUCGAGAGUCUCGUGCGGUAUUUUUUUAGUGAGAUGACACAAAGAUUUAGGUAGGAUAAUUACGACGAAACGAUAUUGUGAAUGAACAAGGAAUGAUAGGUAUACGACUGUGAGAUUUCGUCUCACGCUCACUUUUCUCUCUGAAACGGCAAAUCAUUUCUUGCACAAAAUUUUCACGGAAUCUCGAAGCGUGCACGGACAACCCUCGGCGGUGCUCGACGUUCUAUUGUGUAACUCGUGUGAUUUAUGCAAUAAUCGGGAUUUUGUAAAAUAAAUACUGUACAUUGUUGUAGGUAAUGGUAGUUCCUAUAGGCAAAUUUACCAAAUACUGCGAUCGCACCAGUCGUGGUGGUGGCAGGCAACGUUUGCGAAGAUACGCGCGAGAUACUCUGUCGUUAUUAUAAUACUCACUUGAAUAAAGAAGAGAUAUACGUAUAAGGAAAAUGACAGGGAUUCGUUCGUGUUUCGUCGCUUUAGUACAAUUCUAUCUGGUUGAGCUGAAAUUUUUCGAGAUACAGUGUAAAAUUGUCAAUAUCCUAUGCACAGUACAACCAUUACAUCAUAGAAUGUACAUACUGCGAAAGGUUACGUCGCGUUCUUGAAUAAAGUGUAAAUUUAUUAAAUAAAGCAUAUAAAUUUACAUUUCUAAA